AUGAAGGAGAUUGUCUCUCUGAUCAUGAGUGGAGGAGAUCCAGAACCUGUUGACAAUAUUGUUAACUGGAAACGUGUUCCCUGGCUUGAAUUGCAGCAGACCGCCUCCCUCGAACUUGAACAGAGGCCCUCUCCACGACUGUUGACUACACACUUCCAGUACAACAUGAUGCCACCAUCUUUCUUUGAAGUAAAGCCAAAGGUCAUCUAUGUGACGAGGAACCCCAAAGAUGUGUUCACAUCGUCUUUUCAUCAUCAUGAGGCGGCUUCCUUCCUGGUGGACCCAGGCCCACAGACCCAGUUCCUCCACAACUUCCUUGAUGGAAAAGGCCCAGCAGUGACAGCGCCACCACAGGCACCGGAGGAACCUAUGCAGCUCGGGAGAAUGAGGAUUUCUCCAGAGGAACGACGGCGCCGCCUGCAGGAGGGAUGCUGCUUCUACUGUGGUCAUAUGGGACACCAGCAGGCGAUAUGUCCGGGAAAAGGGCAUGCUCACCAACCAUGAGGAGGGCGUUGGUGAGCAAAAUGUCAUCUGAUUAUCCUCCUCGCACACUCACCCAGGUAGAUAUCACUGCCAAUAGUCAGACACACACUAUGGGGGCCUUAAUUGACUCUGGGGCUGAUGAAAGUCUCAUAGACUGGGGUCUAGCAAAACGUCUUAAUAUUAAGACUGUUCCGCUCAAACAUCCCAUUAAUGCCAGUGCCCUAGACGGCAGACUUAUGUGUAGAGUCACUGACUGUACAGAACCCAUGCAAGUGACUAUUGACAAUAAUCAUGUGGAAAUGAUGCAAUUUCAUCUGUUCGAUUCUGCACAGCAUCCGCUGAUUUUGGGGUUUCCCUGGUUAAAAACACACAACCCACAUAUAGACUGGUGUUCAGGACAAAUUAAGGGAUGGGGAGAGAAUUGUGAACAUUCAUGUAAAGCUCCACGUACUGUUGCAGUGGCUGAUAGUAGCUCAGACUUUCCUGACCUUUCCAAGGUCCCCUCUUGCUACAAUGACAUUAAAGAGGUUUUUAACAAAACCAAUGCACUAUC